GUUGAGGAUCCCCAAGCCAUCGCGUGUCAUGGCGUCCUCCUUGAAGGGGGUUGGGUUCACAGCUUCAUAAUAGUGCAAUAUUUUAUUUUUUACCAUCUUCUAAGCGGCUCCAGCGCGUUUACGAUAUUACUGAACCGGCAAUGGGGGCUGUGCACGCACGGAGUAUGGACUCGUAUCCCAUGUAUGGACGAGAUCUGGGCGUUAACACUGAUGAUUUGGAAGUGAUGGAGGCGGUGCAAGAAACCAAGCAAGAGGUUUUAGAAAAUAAAGAUGUUGUUGUUCAGCAUGUCAACAUUGAAGGCUUGGGCAGAACUAAAGAGGAUUACUUGGGCUAUGAAAUCUCUGAUGUAUUCACCGCCAGGAACCUGGUUGAAGUGAUGAGAAAAUCCCAUGAGGCCAGACAGAGGUUGCUCCGUCUAGGCAUAUUCAGAGAUGUGGAGGUGGUGAUUGACAUUUCAGAAGGAGCAGACGCUUUGCCAAAUGGACUUGAUGUUACGUUUGAGGUUACUGAGCUUAAACGACUUACUGGGAGUUAUAAUACCAUGGUUGGAAACAAUGAAGGCAGCAUGGUCUUGGGUAUUAAACUUCCAAACAUGCUCGGCCGAGGAGAAAAGCUCACCUUUCAGUUUUCCUAUGGAACUAAAGAGACGUCCUAUGGCCUCUCAUUCUUCAAACCACAGUCAGGAUACUUUGAACGCAACUUCACUGUAAACCUGUACAAAGUCACCGGGCAGUUCCCCUGGAGCUCUCUGAAAGAGACGGACAGGGGAGUUUCUACAGAACUCAGUUUUCCUCUCUGGAUGACGGAUCAUACUCUUAAAUGGGAGGGCGUGUGGCGUGAGCUGGGAUGUUUGGCCCGCAGCGCCUCCUUUGCUGUGAGAGAGGAGAGCGGCCACACUCUUAAAUCUGCACUUUCGCACACCAUGGUAGUAGACACCAGGAACUCUGCCAUCUUGCCCCGAAAAGGUGCCUUACUGCGGAUCAACCAGGAGUUGGCAGGAUACACUGGUGGAGAUGCCAACUUUCUCAAAGAGGACGUCGAGCUGCAGCUUAACAAACAAUUUAUCUGGGGAUCGGUUUUAUCUGCGUCUUUAUGGGGAGGAAUGAUCUAUCCUCUUGGGGCUCAGCCUACCUCCAUUGCUGACAGGUUCUACCUGGGCGGCCCAACCAGUGUUAGAGGGUUCGGCAUGUACAGUAUAGGCCCCCAAAGUGAAGGUGAUUAUCUGGGUGGUGAGGCAUAUUGGGCAGGUGGGCUUCACCUUUACACACCACUUCCCUUCCGCUCAAAUAAAGGUGGACUAGCAGACCUCUUCAGGACACACUUUUUCCUUAAUGCUGGAAACAUAUGCAACCUCAACUACGGAGAGGGACCACGCGCACACCUGCAGAAGUUAGCGGAGUGCAUCCGCUGGUCUUACGGCGCAGGAAUUAUUCUACGACUGGGAAACAUUGCUAGGCUUGAACUCAAUUACUGCUUCCCCAUGGGUGUGCAAAGCGGAGACAGGAUAUGUGAUGGGGUGCAGUUUGGAGCGGGCAUUCGAUUCCUGUGAUCUCAACUGCAAGGAUUUGUGGGAUGCACAUACGACUUUUGUAAUAGUAUUGGAUGUUGAACACUAAUUGAAGACCCCUCCUGCAUGCACACCAAGAAAGCACUUUGUUUUGUUUUUUUACCCGUCAGACAAAAAAACGAAAGGUUUCCCUGCACUGUUUGAAUAAGAUGUUUGAUAUCUGACUCUGCAAAGGGUCUAAACUAGGCUAGGUUUCCAGUGAUGAAACAAAAAACAAGAAUAAAUUUAAACUCACACCACCGUCCGUCCUUAUAAAACAUGCUUUGUCAGUGUUAAGAGGUGUGCAGUAAAUAAUAGAUUAAUAAACGACACGUAGCCAUAUUACAUAAACGAAGCACCUUUUUAAUUGCAGUGAUUUAUGUUACCGUCUGUUCUCUCCUCUAAUGCCAAACUAGAUUAAUGAAUUGAUUCAAACUCACCCAAUAAUUAGUGAUUUGUAAAUUGAGUUUUUUUUUCCAGCCAUAAGAUCCCUUUGUUCAAAUCCACCAGCAGUGCUUUAUUAUUAGGACACUUUUUAUUACUGUCUGAACUUUAAAUUUAUGUUAUAUUGUGCACAGAAUAAACCUUUUGGUUCCCUGGG